GAGAAAAGUGUUGUGAUACCAUAUCUGUCCAACAGCUGACAAGCUUAGUAGUAGCAGUAGUAGCGACAUGACUUCCCACGAGGAUAUUGCAGAACUUAACUCUUCAAAUGGAACCAUUGCAAACAACUCUGAUAAUCCCGAAGAAGGUAAAAAGAAUUUAAAGUAUCCGAAACAAGUGUUUUUCAUAAUCAGCAAUGAAUUCUGUGAGCGAUUUUGCUACUAUGGGAAUAGAACCAUUUUAGCAAUCUAUCUACAGCAAAUGUUGAAGUACUCUGAAGAUGAUGCCACUAUCAUCUACCAUAGUUUUGUCAUGCUGUGUUAUUUUUUCCCCAUCAUUGGGGCAAUUAUUGCUGACUGCUUCUUGGGGAAAUUCAGAACCAUUCUCUACUUGUCCAUCCUCUAUGUGAUUGGAAACAUCACUUUGUCGACAGCCUCCAACUUCUCACUUCCAAUCAACCAUACGGCGUUUUCUCUUCUGGGCCUCUUCCUAAUAGCAGUUGGUACGGGAGGGAUCAAACCAUGUGUCUCAUCAUUUGGAGGUGACCAGUUUGUUGUACCUCAGCAAGAGAAACAGUUGGCUUCAUUCUUCAGUGUAUUCUACUUCUCCAUCAACGCUGGUAGCCUGAUAUCCACCUAUCUUACCCCUGAACUGAGGGUGAUGAGUUGUUUUGGUGCAGAUUCCUGCUACCCAUUAGCGUUUGGUGUUCCUGCUGCACUAAUGAUAACAGCACUGGUUGUAUUCGUUUGUGGAAAAUCUCUAUAUACCAUGAAAAAUCCUCAAGGAAACAUCUUGGUCGAAGUAUCAAAAUGUAUUGGAAGAGGAGUUUGGGGUAAAUUGUUCGGCAAGGAGAAAAAACAACACUGGCUGGAUCAUGCAGAAGAAAAGUGCAGUUCAGAGCUAGUUCGAGAUACAAAGAUCCUUUUAGAAUUAAUUUAUCUCUUUUCACCAACAAUUUUGUUCUGGGCUUUAUAUGAUCAACAGGGUUCCAGGUGGACAUUUCAAGCCGUACAUAUGAAUGGGAAAAUUGGCAGCUUCACAAUCAUGCCUGAUCAGAUGCAAGUUGUCAAUCCUGUACUUAUAAUGGCCUUCAUACCCUUAUUUGAGCUGGUUAUCUACCCGUUGCUGGCCAAACUGAGACUGAUAAGAACAUCUAUACAGAAGCUGUUCUGGGGAGGAAUUAUUGCUGCUGUCGCAUUUGCCAUUUCAGCAUAUGUUGAAUAUAAAGUACAGGACGCAUAUGCAGUUCUACCAGCAGCAGGUGAAUCGCAGUUACGAAUUUACAACAGCUACGACUGUCCGCUGACAAUUGACGCUACAGACAGCAGUAGUCACAAAUACUCAUGGACUGUUGGAAGUAUGGAUCUGUUAGAAGACAAGUCUAUACCUGUGACAGGCAAUACGACUUUGUCCUAUUCUGCGUCAUUUACUGGCACAGGCUGCCCAGCACUGUCACCCGUCUCAGACGGAUCGUUGACACUGUUUGAGGCUGAGGCAGUUUCAUUUAUUACAAGUGAACAAACAUCCGGUUCCACAGCGAUGUUAAAUAUUGAAAGAGUGGACAAGAAAUUUGAUGACCUUUCAAAGGCAGAUACUGCUCAACCAAAAGUUAGGAUAGUAUACAGAGUGAAUAGUAACAGCACAUUUACGUUAGCAAGUAGCGAUGGCAGCUCGAUAUCUGGUGACUUAUACAUGACUGCACAUGCUACAGAUGUGUACAUUGUAACCUCUGCUAGUGGCUAUGUUCUGACAAUAAACGACAAGACUGUUGCAACUGGUCUGAACCUCGAUGUGGGCGGAGUGUACUCUUUGCUGGUAGCAGAAAACAGUAAUAAUGAGGCUCACCUGUUCACAUUAACUCCACCGAAUAGUGUUCAUAUCCUUUGGCAGCUGCCUCAAAUUAUUGUCAUCUCAGCAGCAGAAAUCAUGUUCUCCAUCACAGGACUUGAAUUUUCUUAUUCAAAGGCUCCUCAAAGUAUGAAGUCAGUUAUUUCUUCCUUGUGGCUUCUGACAGAUUCUCUGGGCAAUUUGAUCAUUAUACUUGUAUCAGAGUUCACCAAAGAUAUUCCUCAGGUGUAUAUGCUUUCGUCAUUUGCCAUCUUGAUGGUAAUAGUGAUGGGGAUAUUUGUUCUGCUGGCACGAUGUUACUCCAGGGCCAUGAAGAAGUUGACUGUUGACUGAACACUAUUGUUACAGUAAAUGUCAUUUCCCGGAAGUUUGUAACACAUUCCAAUUGAUGACAAUCAGCAGGAACGUGAGAAUAUGAACUCAAAUCUGUUUUCUACAUUGUUUAUUUAUUUUUGUAAAUAUUUAACUAUGUGUAUAAAAAAUACUGCCAUUUUAA